AUGGCGGUGCACCAGGGCAUGGAGGAGCCGCAACCCAGGAAGAAGCCGCUGGGUUUCGUCGCCAACGCGAUUAAGAGGAAGGACAGCUUCUUACAGCUCUUCUUCAUGACCGGAGUGCUGCUACUCAGCAUGCGGUCGCUGGGCCAGAAGUACCGGAUCAACGACCUCCAGGAGGAUAACUCCGCCCUUCGGGAGGAGAACGAGUUCCUCUCGUCCCGUAUGUCGAGUAUCAAGGAGAGCCUCCUUAAGGAGGCGUCCCUCGACUCCAGUGGCCUCGUCGCUGCGCGCCUCCACCGCCUCUUCGGCCACAGCGACGGUGGGAGCUCCAACGACAGCUAG